AUGAAUAACAGUGAUAAAUUUAUAUCACAGUCUAAUACAAACUGUGAGGCUGAUGGCACUAGCAAUCACGUAAUUAAUAACUCUGUAUGCGGUAACUCUAGCAUCAAGUCAAUUACCAGUUCACCUUUGAGAUCAUCAGUGCGAGAACCAAUUGAUCAUCAUAAUACUUCAAACGGUGUAUCGUUUUCAUAUUUAAAUUACCCAAAUACUAAUCAAUGCAGAAAUAGUAGGACCAUCAGCAAGUACUUCAGACAAAAUCAGUUAGUCAACUCUAUAAAGAAAUCACUCAAUAAUUCGUGCAGUAGUUGUUAUUUAAGUCAUAAUUUUUGUGCUACUGAUAAUAAGUCCAGUUAUAGAAGUAUGAAGUGUGAUAUCAGUAGCUCAAGUCGUAAUUAUGCUGCAUAUUCUGAGAAACUGGAAUCCAAUAACAGAUUUUUCGAUAACAAUAAAAAUACUACUACUAAUAUCGCGUCAUCGAAAUCAAACAAUUAUUCAACGAUUGCAAAUUAUUCAAAUUGCAUAACAAAUUCCGCAUCAAAUCUAUUCAUAGAUGAUAUACAUAAUAUAUCUCCGGGAGCCACAGAUGUGGCAGCUGCGGCUGUAGCCGCUACCUCAGCAGUAUCAACAGAUAUGAAUUCAACGAAUUUCACUAGAAUGAAUAAUUCAGUUGAACAGAACUUUUUAAAUUAUUUUAGGCAUCAUUCAAGUAGAGCUAGUCCAGUUACAGUUCAAUGGCUUUUAGAAAACUAUGAAUCAGCCGAUGGUGUCAGUCUAUUAAGAAGUGGACUGUAUUCACAUUAUUUAACCCAUUGUUUGCAGAACUGGUUAGAACCAAUGAAUCCAGCAUCGUUUGGUAAAUUGAUUCGUUCAAUUUUUGUUGGUUUACGCACAAGACGGUUGGGUACACGGUAA